AUGGCUACCAACGGAUCAUUCGCCAACCAGGACCAGUACAAAUCCUCGGUUGACCAGUCAGCUGCUACAUCAGCCCCAGCUGAUGCGGGCUCUUCGGGAAACAACCUCUCCAAGGAUGAGGUUGGCUGGUACUUUGUCGAGCAAUACUACACUACCCUGAGCAAAUCGCCCGAGAAGCUGCAUCUCUUCUACGGCAAGCAGUCUCAAUUCGUGUCUGGACUCGAGGCCGAGGUCGCCAAUGUCUCAGUUGGUCGUCAGCCCAUCCAAGAGCGCAUCAAGCAGCUUGACUUCCAAGACUGCAAGGUCCGAGUCUCCAACGUCGAUUCGCAGGCUUCGUUCGACAACAUCGUCAUCCAGGUCAUUGGUGAAAUCUCAAACAAGUCUGGAGAGCCUAAGAAAUUCGUUCAGACCUUUGUGCUUGCCCAGCAGCCUUCCGGCUACUUCGUCCUCAAUGACAUCCUCAGGUACAUCAGCGAAGACCAGGAAGAACAGCCUGCCGAAGCCGAGCUGGAGGCCCCUGCUGCCGAGCCCGAAGUGACCGCCGCAGAGGCUCCUGCUGCUGCCGAGCCCGAGCCCGUCGAGAAGGAGGACAAGGCGGAGGCUGUCAAUGCCGAUGAGGUGGACCAGAAGCUCCAGGAGGCUUCCGAGGUCAAUGGUACCGAUGCCGAGGAGCCUGCUGUUGCCGCAGAGGCCACCGAGGCUGAGCCGGAAAAGCCCGCCCCCGUUGACCCCGAAACUGCUGCCAAGGAGGCUGCGGAAGAGGAAGCCAAGGAUCUCGCUGAGCUCCCCAAGGAGCCGACUCCUACUCCCGCCGUCAAGCCUGUUCCCCAGCCCGAAGCUGCUCCCGUCGAGCCUGCUGCUCCUCCUAAGCCCAUGACUUGGGCUAGCCGUGCCGCUGCCGCUGCCGGCCCCCGACCAGUUCCCGGCGCUGCUGCUGCUGCUGCUGCUGCUGGCGCUCCGGCGGCAGCUCCUGCUCCUACUUCUGCUCCCGCUGCUCCCGCUGCUGAUGCUCAGGCUAAGGAGGCUUCCGGAUGGCAGACCGCCGGUGCGGAUUCCAAGCGCCAGAACCGACCCCAGUCUAUGUCUGCCAAUGCUCCCGAGAAGGAGGGCACCAUGGGCUAUGUCAAGUACGUGACGGAGAAGGUCCAGGAGGCCGACCUCCGAAGCGCUCUGGCUGCCUUUGGCGAGCUGACUUACUUCGACAUUAACCGUGCUAAGAACUGCGCGUUUGUUGAGUACAAGACUGUUGAGGGUUACCAAGCUGCUCUGGCCAACAAGAACCUGACCGUCAAUGGCGAGAACAUUGUCGUUGAGCCUCGACGACCCAAGUCCAACGCCUAUGGUGGUAACUUUGGUGCUGGCCGAGGCAAUGCUUCGGGCCGUGGCCGUGGUGGUGCUGGAGGCCAAAACCCUCGAGGCAACUUCACCGGGCAGGUUCGCGGCCGGGGAGGUGCUGCCCGUGGCCGUGGCGGUGCCCAGGUUGCCAAUGCUUAA